AUGGAAGAGGAGGAUUGGAGACCGGAUAUGAUAAACAACGACGUUCUAGAUCGCAGCAAGGAGAGCCGAGCGGAAAUGGAUACAGUGCCGGAAUGUCCGGUAACUACCAACACCACCAAGUAUCUCACAAUUGACGGACAGGCGGAAAUGGUUACAGUGACGCCAAACACAGCGUGUGACAGUUGCUCGGAUAGGGACCGUUGCGAUGGAUUGACGGCUCCUGUGGAAUGUCUAACAUCUGACUGCGGUUUGCCGAGCAUGCCUGACAACGCUUCAAUAUCAGGAAACAUGUUCAACAUAGGCAUGCGAGUCAAGUUCACGUGUUCAGAGGGUACUAGUAUGUCCACUGUGACAACAGAUACCGCAGUCUGUCAGCCAGAUGGACAGUGGUCUGAGACUAACUUCUCUUGUAAUCCUGAAAACAUUGAUCCCUGCAUGAGCACUCCGUGUGGAUCGCAUGGCACAUGUGUAGCUACGGUUGACAGCUACUGGUGUGACUGUGAAACUGGAUGGACGGGGCCACUUUGUGAACAAGAAAGCAUACCUGUCAUUGAUCCCUGCAUGAGCACUCCGUGUGGAUCGCAUGGCACAUGUGUAGCUACGGUUGACAGCUACUGGUGUGACUGUGAAACUGGAUGGACGGGGCCACUUUGUGAACAAGAAAGCAUACCUGUCAUUGAUCCCUGCAUGAGCACUCCGUGUGGAUCGCAUGGCACAUGUGUAGCUACGGUUGACAGCUACUGGUGUGACUGUGAAACUGGAUGGACGGGGCCACUUUGUGAACAAGAAAGCAUACCUGUCAUUGAUCCCUGCAUGAGCACUCCGUGUGGAUCGCAUGGCACAUGUGUAGCUACGGUUGACAGCUACUGGUGUGACUGUGAAACUGGAUGGACGGGGCCACUUUGUGAACAAGAAGAAAACGAGUGUCUGUCUUCUCCGUGUCAGUCUGACGAGGAAUGUGUCGGCACUCAAGGAAGUUUCUCCUGUACGAAAUAUUGUCCCAGUGGUUGGAUGUACUAUGGAGGAUCUUGUUACCUGCUCGAGAAAGAUAAAGUAGACAAAAAUGCAGCAGAGUGGUCAUGUGCUAGUUGGGACAAUGGUCAUAUAUUCGAUGUUAACAACGCUGCAGAGUGGGAGGCAAUUAAAACAUACUUCUACGAACAAUACAACAGCGAUGUUGAUACAAUUAACGGCGUGUGGAUGUCUGUGCAGGACUUUGAUGUGGAAGGGGUAUACAAAUUAUCUGACGGAAGCCCAGUUGAGUUCACAGACUGGCAAAAGGGUCAACCAGAUAAUUAUGCGGACAAUGACGACUGUGUCAAUGGAUGGAUAGGAAUACAGCUUCAGUGGAACGACAUUGACUGUGGAGCACGAUUUUGGUUCAUAUGCGAGUAUGAACUUAACCUUUAA